AUGGCACUCCAAGCUCGCCUGCAAGCACUACCCCCUCUGAACCCGUGUCUCAUCCUUUUUUAUGGCAGCUUCCUGAGUAUCCCAGGUGGUGAAAUUAUCCGAAUGCCUGAACAAUAUGAUGGUUGCUGCUAUGGUUUCAUUAACAACUGGUUGUUCCUUGUGAGAAGUGAUGAUUCCCCUGUAGCUGUGCUGUUCCUGAAUGAUGGUUACACUACAAUUGGUGUUUGCCAACCACCAAUUGCCUUUGACUUCUCCAGAGGAAACUUCCUAGAUCGAUUUCAGCGGCUCAUUGAUGUUACAUUUUUUGAUGGGAAGUUUUAUGGUCUUGAUUUUGGUCAAAAUCUCAUAAGCUUUGUGAUUAGUUAUGGCCUUGGUAGUAAGCCAAAGAUUUCAUCCAUAGAAAAUGUAAUUAACUCCAUGGAUAACAUACCUGACCUGCCCAAGCCCCUGUCAGAGAAGGAACGUAUGGUCACCAAAUAUCUAGUUGAAUGUUGUGGUAGACUGUUGAUGGUGAUACGAUGGCUUGAGAUUCCCCGGAGGCUUUUAGCAGCCAGAAAUUACUUUGAGCAUGUUCGCACUACUUCAUUUGAGAUCUUUGUGGCAGAUUUGAGCACCAACCCCAACCAAUGGAGACGUGUCAAAAAUUUGGGUGGCCAAGCACUCUUUGUUGGUAGGCGUUGCUCCAAGUCUUUCCCUGCUGGAGAAGGCAAUGGAAUUCAAGAGGAUUGCAUAUACUAUUUCAUGUCUGACUAUCUUUGGCCAGAUCACCCUGAAGAUCCUCUUGGAGACUCUGGUGUGUACAACAUUGCAAAUGGGAUGAUUAUACCUUUGUUGUCACAGACUGCAACAGUUCCUCGUCAUCUGCGUGGCCAGUGGAGUCUGACAUGGUAUUUCCCUGCUGAUGCUGUGUGA